GUGCUGUCUUGCAAUAUCAAAACACUUAACCUCACAAAUAUAUCGAGUGUGACGGAUCGAGCAUUGUGUUUGAGUGUGCGAGUAGCAACGUCGGCAAAUAUUGGAAUCGUUCAGAUCUAACUUUAUUUUGCUACGUACCUGCAAGAGACAGACGUUUUAGAGACAGAAUCAUGGCAGAACAUCUCGGCGACAUCGACACUCGAUGGGCGGCCUGCAUCGCGGACGCCGAGGUCGGCGCCGUCCCUCUGGACGUGCAUACCGCGGCCAGUCUCGGGGACGAGGCUGUCGUCCUGGAGGCUUUACGAGCUGACCCCGAGCACGCCCUGGCCCGCAACGACCUCGGCUGGAGUCCGCUCAUGUUCGCGGUGUGGCAGGGCCACGUGCCUCUCGUGGCGGCGCUGCUGGAGGCGGCGCGGCGCUGCGGCCAGGACGCCGCCGACGACCCCGCGGUGGGGCGCCUGCCGCGGUCGGGGCGCACGCUGCUCAUGGUGGCGGCCCGCUUCGGCUACGAGCGCAUCGCCAGCGCCCUGUGCAAACCCAAGAACCUCGAGACGCGAGACUUCCGCGGACAGACGGCGCUGUUCCACGCCGUUAGAGGAGGGAAUCAGGAACUCAUCCGGAUGUUGGUGUCCCGGGGGGCCAACGUGAACGCCUGUGACUCUCGGGGGCGAACGGUGUUGCGUCUCGCAGAGAGCUGCCCCACGCCAGCCACCUGCCAGCUCCUGAGGCAAGCGGGUGCCAAACUGGAAGCAGCAGUACCUGUGCCACGUCCAGUUCAGUCAACUGUACACACAGAGCGUCAAGGACUCAACAUUACUCUGGCCAGCAUCCUAGAGGGCCUCGCACUCCAGAAAUACCUCGAGCUCUUCCAGUUGCACAAAGUCGAUCUCCAAGGUUUUGUGGCAAUGAGUGAGGAUGACCUGCGACGUGUGGGAGUCACAAAACUAGGUCCACGCAGAAAAAUGGCACUUGAAAUAUAUCGUUUGCGGUCUCUGUUUGGCAUAGGUGAAAUCUGACAAGCAAAAUAGGCAAAGUAAUAAAAGGCUGUGCAUGUUUAUUUUUUUACACAUAAAAAAAAAUAAAGAUUUGUUGAAUUACAAAA